GAUCGUCGUGCUUAGAUCGGAUCGGUGUAUUGGAAUACGCGCGCUCUCUUUGCUCCCGGCGCCGCCACCUUCAGUCAGUACUGCGCCCGACAUCGCGCCGCGCGGAUCUAUCGGUGUUGUUUUUUUUGUUUCUUUCUUUCAGGAGACCCGCCGCGCGGCUUAUCUUAGCGGAAAGGUGCGCGAUUUCUCUCGACUUCCCUCCCGACGUGCCUCUUGCUUUCCUCUCAUUUAUCCGGCGGAUUAUCGCACCGCGGGCUGCUUCGUCGCGAACCGAGUGGCAGCCGCUCGCCGUUGGGGCUUCUCGCCCUCGGUCGCGUCGGUCCUUCGAUAUCCUGCGAGGCCCAGCUCGGCAGAGUCGGCGGCGAACGCUUCGCAAACGAUAUCACAGACGCGGAGGAUGAAGCACUGAGACGAGCGCGAGCGACGGAAAUGUGCACGACACCGGCCGUGAAGGAUCUCGAGACCGAUUAAUAACUCGCGGACCUACGGCGGCGCGUCAAGAUGCUGGCGCUCAAGAGCUUCUUCGGGAGGAUCAGCAAGGACUUCCGGCAGAAGGAGCUGAUGCCUCUGAAGCUGAUAUUCUUCGUGCAGGCCUCCACGCUCUACGUGUUGUAUCCGUACCUGACUAUACACAUGAGAGAGCUGGGAAUCAACGUGGAGGAGACGGCGAUAAUGAGUGCCAUCACUCCGCUCAUGGCGAUGGUGAUGCCGCCGCUUGCCGGUAUGCUGGCCGAUCGGAUAGGGAACUUCAGGAUCUUGCUGGCGGUGUUCUCCGCGUUCGGCGGUUUGGCGGCGUUAUUGCUGCUGUUAGUGCCGGUCGGCAGGGUGACGGUUUAUUUCCCCGAGAGGAUAGUUAUGGAUCUCGGUUGUCUGGAGGCUGGAGGAGACGGCCCGUUAGUCUACACAAUGAGCCAGGCUCAUCCGUGCGAGGCAAAAUUAGAAUCGGAGAUCACGGUGACGGUAGAAAGUUGCGGAUUCGUGUGUCACGUGGACGCGGACAACGAGACGGAGCGGGACUUGAUUCUGAAAUCGAGAAUUUACACGCUCAGGCAUUACAAUGUCCGGACUGGCGCCAAUACUACGUACAAGUACACCAUUGCACAGAACGACCUGCCAACGGAUGUCAGCCAGCAAGACAUGAAGGAACAUCGGCGAUUGAAGAACAACGAGUUCUUCAAGACUUCCAUCCGGCAGGUGUCGAAGAGCAGUUACUUCUUCCCGACGGAUCAGCUCUAUCAGUUCUCGUGUAUCCCUCCGGGACACGCCGGAAACGAUGAUAACGUCGCGACCUCCUGCACGUUAGGUCAGCUGACUAAGCCGAAGAGUAGUGGCAAUCGAACGGUAAAUUACCACUUGUACAAGUCGAAGAUGAAAGGUCUGCAAUUGGACGAGGCGGACCGGCGAGAGAAGCGGCAGCGGUUCCUGGCGGACGAGGUGUCCUGGUCAGGGGAAGAUUUUCGCAAGCUUACCUGCGGCGUCCCGGAUUCCGCGGACACUCGAGUCGUGAUAGACACGCGGCUCGGCGAUCACAGUGUCCGGGGGGAUCCGCAGGACAAGCGAGUCCUGAGCACGAACGAGUGCCAGAAAAGAUGCAUAGUUACUGUACCUCGCGACGCGAUGUGCUCAAAUAUGAGCACGGAGAUCGAAUACAAUGUAAGCUUGACGUUCUGGCUUUACCUCGUCAUUAGAGUAUUCAUAGGUAUUAUCGGCGGCACGACCUUCGCGAUGUUCGAGGGCGCCGUGAUAGCGAUACUGCGCGAGCAAGAAGCGGAUUACGGCCUCCAGAGGAUCUACGGCAGCAUAGGCGGAAUGAUUUCCUCGCCCUUGUCGGGCCUUCUCAUAGACUACGCCAGCAGGGACAAGGGCUACACGGAUUUCAGGCCGGCGUUCUACUUGUAUGCGGCAUUGAAACUCGCGUCAGGUUUCCUCAUGCUGCUGAUCAAUUUGGAAUUCAAGGCGCCGGCCACGGACGUCGUGCGCGACGUCUUCAUCGUGCUGCGAAACAUCGAGACCGCCGCGCUUUUCCUCGCUUGCUUCGUUCUCGGCACCGCCUGGGGCUACAUCGAGUCGUUCCUCUUCUGGCUGAUCCAGGAUUUAGGAGGGUCUAGGUCGCUCAUGGGCAUCACCAUCACUGUCGGCGGAGUCGCUGGUAUCCCACUGCUGGCGCUCUCCGGGCCGAUAAUUUCGAAGAUCGGCCACGCGAAUGUGCUGUUCAUCGGCUUCGUGUUCUACGCCAUCAGACUGUGCGGAUAUUCGCUGAUUUACAAUCCUUGGCACACUUUGAUCUUCGAGGCCCUGGAGUCGGUCACGGCGUCCCUCAGCUUCACCGCAGCCGUCACUUACGCGGCGAAAUUAUCAACCACGUCCACCGACAGCUCGAUACAGGGACUGCUCGGUGGUGUUUAUUACGGAGUCGGCAAGGGCUCCGGAAGUUUGAUCGGUGGUUACUUGAUGAAGGCUUUCGGCACAAGGCCGACCUACCAGAUUUUCGCGGUAGUAACUUUGCUGACCGGCGUGAUGUAUUUGGCAUUCAACUUGACUUACCUGAAGAGACGACCCCAGCUCGAGGGCAAUGAUAUCGUGAAGAAGAAGCCGAAAAGCACUGACGUCUCGCAGAAUAGCCUCGAGAAGAAGUCGAACGACAUCAGUCUCGAGGAGAAGCCGCAGCUGAAAGCAGCCGAAGAGAAGGGAAAGGACAACUCGACGGAAAACGACGGCGGGGUCGACAACAGAGGGUUCUUGAAGGAGCCGCGAAAUGAGAAGUCGUCGACGGGAAGCAACGAGCGGGACUCGGCCCAAAUCGAAGCUAUCAUGAACGCCAAGAACAUCGACAAAACUGAACGACCUCCGAGCAGGCAACACGAAGACGACUCGACGAGGAAGAGCGACGCUACUCGCGCGAGAAAGGAGGACAGCAGUGCGCGUGAGAAUUCCUUCGUUAAUCCGAACUUUGAGACCGAUAAUUCGGAUCAGUGCGAGAUCACGGUGGAGCCAGCGAGGAUAGACGACAAGCGUGUCGAUCGGCCGAAUUCCUAGCUUAACCGAAGCCAUAGCCAAUCGUAAGCGAGCGUAUGUAUUACAAUAAAGGAAAAAAAAUCGUGACCACACAAAUUGCAUUAUCUCAGGGUGUAUUUCAAGAUCUCGUCCUGCUCCUUUGCUCUUGGUUAACUCUUUAAGGACCGAUGACAAAGAUCUCUGUCAUUUAGGAAUUUGCCCAAAGGACCGGAAAAAGGCGAAUCUUUGCCAUGAAACAUUUUGCUAUGCUGAAGUCCAGGCGUGUUUUAAAUAAUGACAAAGACUGUUACUAGAUGUUUUCAAGCUCGGUGAACAUGAUGACGCGGCCAGUUUUUUCCAUUUUCCGCAUCAUAAACGAAAUAUAGCCACUCGGGAAACGGUCUUUUUCCGAUUUUCCACGAAUCUUUGUCAUGAAACAUAUGACCAUCUUGAG